AUGGCACCUAAAGUCAAGAAAACAACACAACAGGAUGAGAAACUACAGGCAGUUGUGCUAACCGACUCCUUUGAGACUCGGUUUUCGCCAUUAACCACAACCAAGCCAAGAUGUUUAUUACCUUUAGUCAAUGUACCCUUAAUCGAAUACACCAUGGAAUUUCUUGCCAAUGCCGGUAUAUCGGAAAUCUUUCUUGUUUGUUCAUCACAUGCUGAUCAAAUACAAGACUAUAUUGAGAAAUCGAAAUGGAAUGCCACUGUUAUCUUGUCUUUGGAGUCACGAUCAAUUGGUGAUGCCAUGAGAGAUAUUGAUAAUCGAGGAUUAAUAACUGGUGAUUUUCUUUUAGUUACAGGUGAUAUUGUUAGUAAUAUUGAUUUUAAAAAAGUAUACAAUUUCCACAAGAGCAAAAAGGCUCAAGAUAAGGAUUAUAUGAUGACGAUGAUUUUGACUCAAGCUUCACCAUUACAUAGAACUAGAUCUCACAUUGAUCCAGCGGCAUUUGUCCUAGAUAAUAAAACGGACAAGUGCAUCUACUAUCAAGACUUGUCCAAAUCAUCAAUUGAUAUUGAUCCUGAAUUGAUUGAAGAUGUUGAUGAAUUUGUCAUUCGUAACGAUUUAAUUGAUUGUCAUGUUGAUAUUUGUUCACCACAUGUACCACAAAUCUUCCAAGAAAACUUUGAUUAUCAAUAUUUAAGAAGUGAUUUCUUACGUGGGGUGUUAACUUCGGAUUUAUUGAGAAAAACAGUUUAUACAUUUAUUAAUCAAGAUUAUUCAGCUAGAGUGGAAAGUUGGGGUACUUAUGAUGCAGUCUCCAAGGACAUUUUGGCAAGAUGGUGUUACCCUAUUGUUCCCGAUGUCAAUUUAACUGAUACGUCAUACACUUUUGAAUUUAAUAACAUCUACAAGGAAGAAAAAGUCUUACUUGCACAAUCGUGUAAAAUUGGUACAUCUGUUGCCAUUGGAAGAAAUUCAAAAGUUGGUGAUGGAAGUAGUAUUAAGAAGUCAGUCAUUGGAAGAAAUUGUGUUAUUGGCAAAAAUGUGUCCAUAUUGAACUCAUAUAUCUGGGAUGAUUCAAUUAUAGAGGAUGGAGCAAUCAUAGAGUCCGGUAUAGUUGCAUCAUCAGGUCGCGUUAAAGAAUCAGCGACAAUUUCCAAUAGUGUCAUUGGAUUUAAUGUCAUUAUUGAUUCUGGUGCAGAUAUAACUAACAAUAAAAUUUCCGAAGAUGAUGGAGUUGAGAUUGAGGGCAUGUUAUCACGCUUGAAACUUCUCAAUCAUUCGGAUGAAUCAAUUGCAUCAAUCACCAAAAAGAAGAAACGCACUCAUUCACGAACUAGAAGAUUUUCAUCCAACUCAAUGAUGUCGGAACCUGAGGAGGAUUUCAGCGUUGAAGGUGUGGCAACUGUUUGUCGAGCAAUUGAAAACAACCAUGAUAUUGACACUGCCCUUUUGGAACUAAACACAUUACGUAUGUCAAUGAAUGUCAACUACCACGAUGUUCGAAGUGUAACCACAGAAGCUAUUUUAAAGAAAAUUGUUGAUUUUGUAUCAACUGAUACAUUGAAACCCCAAGAAGCGGCAACCAAAUUAUUCAGUCAUUGGGGUAGAAUGUAUCGUCGACAAACAUUCACUGCGGAAGAAGAAGUCGAUUUAUUAAAUAUAUUAGAGGAACAGAUUACCGAUUUAGAUUCCGAGUAUCAUCAAGUGGUGCUUUUUUGUGCAUUGAAAACAUUGUAUGAUUUAGAAAUUGUUGAAGAGGAUAAUAUACUCAAAUGGUGGACUGAAGGCGACGAGGAAGCUCAAGUCAAGGGAUUGGCUAGUAAGUUUAUUAAUUGGCUAGAGGAGGCAGAAGAAGAUAGCGAAGAAGAAGAGGAGUAG